GUCCAAGGUGCUCUUUGUCUGCACAGCCAAUGAGCUGGACACCAUUCCAGGCCCUUUGCUGGAUCGAAUGGAGGUCAUAAGAAUAGCAGGCUAUGUUUUCGAGGAGAAGCUGGCCAUUGCAAACCAGUACCUCAUCCCUUCAACCAUGGAGGAAAAUGGUGUCGGCGAUACCAAGCUAUCCCUGGAGGAUGAAGCUGUGCGCAAGAUGAUCCGCGAUUACGCAAGAGAGGCAGGCGUCCGUCAACUGCGCAAGCUCCUGGAUAAGGUGUCUCGCAAGGUUGCCCUUAGCAUGGUGCGGAAGAAGGAGGAGGAACAUCCAGCCGUCGUUGUGGGCUCUGACAACCUCACGACCUAUAUUGGCCAGCCUGUAUUCCUCACAGACAGGCUCUUCGGCCAAACUAUGCCUCCUGGUGUUGUCAUGGGCCUUGCCUGGACAAACAUGGGAGGAGCCACGCUGUUCAUCGAAGCACGAGGCAGACUCCCCGUAGAAGGUGUUGAGAUUGCCAGGGUUUCCAUCGAGGGAAGUCCUGAAACGGAAGAGAGAGAAAGAAAGCCCAGUGAGUCUUCACCCCUGGGCGAACCCAGCGACAUGCAGGUCACUGGCCAGCUUGGCACAGUGAUGAACGAGUCGAGCAGCAUCUCCCUCACGUACGCGAGGAUGUUCAUUAGAGAGUUGGAUCCACAGAAGUCGUUCCUCGACAAGGCGCAGAUUCAUUUGAACGUCCCGGAGGGAGCCACUCCAAAGGAUGGACCGUCAGCUGGGGUGACCAUGGCAGUGGCCCUUGUCAGUUUGGCUAUGGACAUCCCAGUGAGGUCAGAUGUCGCAAUGACUGGUGAGCUCACCCUGAUGGGCAAAGUGCUCAAGGUGGGCGGCAUUCAGGAGAAGGUCAUCGCAGCGCGUCGCGAGAACGUCAAGACAGUGCUCAUGCCACGCGGCAAUGAGGCAGACUACCUGGAAAUCAAAGAGUACUUGCGAGCUGGGCUCACCGCACAUUUUGUCGACCAUUUCGAUGACGUGUACAGAUAUGCCUUCGAGGGCCAAGAGGCACCACCAUUGCCCUUUGAGCCAAGGGGCUUACCAGCAAGCACCAUUGUGACUCCAGCGGAUGCCAUGCCCCCGCCCCUGCCAGAGGUUAAAUCAGCUGAACAACCAGGUUUGUGAGAGCGGUAUCCAGCGGGCAACGGCACUUUCCAAGUUUUCAGGGACGGACCAGCGAGGGCAUAGGGUCCCCAAAA